AUGGAAAAAUUGAAAGCUAGAUUGGAGAAUGUUAAAUAUACAAAUAAAGUACCUAAAAGGAAAUUAGGCUUUUUUAAUUUAGAAGCUCACAAAAUAUCUCAUCAAAGCACAUCAAAAACACUGCUUGGCUCUUACAAAUUGCAAUCGCCUUUUAAAUCAUUACAUAAGUCUUCAGUGCAUACUAUAUCUAGCAUUCUUGCUAAAAAGAUUUCACAUGAUAUAAUGUUUCGGCAAUCUUAAAAAACAUGAUCCACUUAUUGAUUCGAACUCCAUUUGGGAAAAAAGAAUUCACAUGCGAAGAUUUCCUGGUUUUCCAUAUGAAAUUCUUUUCCAAACUCGACGCACGAAUCCACAAAUGAGCCCUUUUUUUAAAAUGGCCAAGUAAUUAUAUCAAUUUUUGGGAAAAUCCUGAAAAUAUUAAAGUAAGCUAUUUUAAUCAAAUUGACUUAUCUAAAAUGAUAGAUAUUGUCAAAUACACAAUGUAAAAUGGCAAUUAGAGCAGAACUACGGCCCUAUAUCUGAGCUCUGUGAGAGGGGUUCUGUACUCCCUAAGAGACAUAGCGGGAAGAGAGAUAUUCUACACAGAGGCUGGUGAAGAUAGAAAGGUCCUUCAAGGCUUGGGGACAUGAGCAGGCUGACAGUUAGGCUGAUCUUAACUCCCGCUACUCUGAGCUGCCAUCCAAGUUCAGGUCAACGAAUGUGGCUUAUGCAAGCGUAUUCUUAUUCUUAUUAAGAUUAGGAUUGUCAAAGAAUUUGAGCAGACUUUAUCAGAGACUCAACAGAAAAUUCUGGAGAGCAUAGUUUUGUAUUCUAAAGAAACUGAUGAAAUAGACAUAGCGUCGAGCAAUGCAUUGACAAUUUUGAAUUUUUCUCAAUUUCAGUUUAAAAAUAAAAAUUUCGAAAAAAUAAGAGCUCCUUAUGCUGAUUUAUCUAGAAGCGUUUUUAUAAAUACAAGCUUCGAAAACAGCGACUUAUCUUAUGCAAAAUUAAGCCAGUGUUAUUUUUAUCAGUCUAAUUUUAAGAAUUGCGACCUUUCUCAUGUAAAAUUCUACGAGCUGCCGAUAUUCCAAAAUGGGCUAGAAAUUACAUCAUUUACUAUUUCAGCUUCAGGAAAAUAUUUAGCCUGCCUUCCAACUGCAAAAAUAUGGGAAAUAAAUACGAAUAGAGGGGUUGAAGAAAUCCCUACAUGGGCAAGUGACACAGCUCUUGCUUUUUCUCCAUGUGAAAAAUAUAUUGCAAUAGCCACAAAGCGUUGUGAGGUUGAGUUAUGGGAGAUUGAAACUAAAAAAUUGAUUUGGAAAAUUUUUGAGGGAAAUGAAAUCUUAGAAAUUUCAUAUUCCCCUUGUGGAAGAUUUCUAAUGACUCAAGCUAAGAGCUUUAUAAAUAUUUGGAGGAUUAAAGAUAGACUUCUAGUAAAGAAUUUGUCAGGGGAUUAUAAAUAUAUGAACAACACUAUUUUGUUUUCUCCUUAUGGAAGCUAUUUUACAUUUGGAGAGCGGAAUAAAGGAUUAGAGAUAUACAAAACAGAAGACUUAAGCUAUAUAAAAACAUUUAAUAUAUUAGGAAACUAUCUGGUUUGCUUUUCUUGUGGGAAUUGAGUAUUUGCAGGUAAUUUCCAAGGGGUUAUUUAUUUAUUCGACUUAAAAAGUGAAAAAACUAAAAAUUUUCGAGGGCACUUAUCAGCUAUUUCUUCAAUUGAUUCAAUGAAUUUUGAAGGUAAAACCAUUAUUGUAACAUCUUGCAAUAGAGAGUUAUGAAUAAAAUUAUGGGAUGCUGAAUCGUUUACUCUUCCUAUAUAAAUUGGAAAAUAUGUCGAUAACUUUUGAUUUUGGAUCAUAAUUCUACAAAGUUUAGUUUUUGUAGGUAAAUAAGCACUUUUAUGUAAGCAUCUUUUAUGCCCUAUGUAAAAUAUACUUAAAAUGGAGGUCAAGCAUACCGAUCUCUUAAUGCAAGUUUUUUAACUUUAUGACGAAGGCGAAUUGGGCAAGAAACCAGCUGAGAUUCAGUUCCGAUAUGUUUAACUUAGUAUAUGUGGUUAGAAAGGAGUAAUCCGGCAAUAUCCUUCAGGAUCCUUAGGUGGACGAAUUCUUGAUGACUGCGUAACCAAUACGGCUUUUCCCCAUCUGGCACUCAAUAUUAAGAUUAAUGCCCUAUUUAUGCUGGCUAACUAACGCCAAAUUCGAAAAUUUCAAAGUUUUUUCUAUUUUAAUAGUGGUAAUGUAAACAGAAUACGAUUUGGUGAAUAAUUUAUUGCAAAGAAAAAUUUAUUUAGAGAGGUUUUCUAAAUUAAAGGGGAGAUUUAGCCUUAUUUGGAAACUGGCCUCCUGAAGUAGUGAUCAAAAUACUUUAAACUUUCCUUAUUUAAAGUCCAAAUUUUCUAAUUCUUUAUUAUUUGUUAAUUUUUGCACAAAAAUCAAAGCCUUUGAUAUUAAAAAUAUUCUCAAAUCAAUAAGCAGCAAAGACUCUCAGAAUACUGUAUAUAAUAUUUCAAUUACAGAUGAUAACAAGUUUAUUAUUACUUUUGGAAAAAAUCCAAAAUUUAAUAUAUGGGACACUCAAAACAACCGAAAAUUAUCAUUUCUUGAUAAAGAAUUUGCAUAUUCUAAUAAUGUAUCAACAGUCUCUUGCCUAUAUAAUAAGUCAUAUCAAAAGCGUAAAGUAGUUAUAGCAGACUUUUACAGUCAAAAAAGAAGAUGCUCCAUCAUACCUUGCCCAAGACUUAUAGAUAAUCUAAAAAUCUCAUCUUCUGGUAAGUAUUUCGCAUUUAAUAUAAAUUUGAAAAUUGAAAUUUGAGAUACAGAUUUAAACGAAUGCGUUCAAACGUGAAGCUGCAAAGAUCAAAUCUCAGACAUUGCACUUUCCCCAUGCGGAAAAUACUUAAUUUCUAUGCAUAGGACCAUAAAUUUGGCUUAUUUAUGGAAAAUUGAGUCUCUUCAAAAUUUGAAAUCCGCCCCAAUUUCGAAAAAUUUUAAAGGCUUAGCUCUUUCCCAUUCAGGUAUGUAUUUUGCAUGGUGAAAUAGCAAAUCUGUGGAAUUAUGAGACUUUUCCAAUUGAAAUAAACUAUCUUUUGACUAUCUUGGAAUCCAAAUGUUAGUGUUUUCUGCACAUAAUAAAUAUAUGGCAAUUUGUGAUAUAGAUGGGAAAAUAAUAUUGUGGGAAAUUGAAUCUAGAAGUAUUGUUUUUGAAAGAAAAAAUUUUUCUUAUCGAAUUAAAUUUCUUGUGUUUUCAGAUGAUGAAAGUCAUAUUGCUACUUAUGGAAAUGAUGGGAAUAUUAAAUUAUGGAAUAUCGGAAAAGAUUUAAGUCAUUCAUUGGAGUGGUCAUCAAAGAAUGACAGUGUCUGCAAUUAUGAAUCGGAUUUUUCUGGCUCUAAAUUAAGUGUCAGAAAUCAAGAAAUCUUAAAUUAUAGAGAAAAUUUUGAUACCUUGGAAAAUUUCUAUUUAAAAUAUAGAGAAUAUUAA